UGUGGGCCAGGAGGCUCGAGUGUUAUUCCUGCGCCGCCUGCCCACGGGGGGCUCCACCACCCUCACCUCGGCCUCACUAGCCCGCCAACCCAACUCGGCGGCUCCUCCGCGAGCCUGCCGGGAACUCGCGCCCCUCGCGCUCCCCGGCCCCCGAGGGGGCCGCCUCGGGCCAUGGUGCCCUCCCAGGAGGAGCCCGCCGCCGCGCGGGGGACGAGCGAGGCGCAGCCGCUCGGCCCCGCACCCCCAGGGGCCGCUCCGCUGCCCGGGCCGGGACCCUUGGAUGGCCCGGAGGCGGCGGGGCCCGAGAAGGUGGAGGUAGAGCUGGCGGGGCUGGCGGGACCGGCGGGCGCUGAGCCCCUUGAGCCCCCUGAGGGCGGCUGGGGUUGGCUGGUGAUGCUGGCGGCCAUGUGGUGCAACGGGUCGGUAUUCGGCAUCCAGAACGCCUGCGGGGUGCUCUUCGUGUCCAUGCUGAAGACCUUUGGGUCCAAGGACGAUGACAAGAUGGUCUUCAAGACAGCAUGGGUAAGUUCUCUCUCCAUGGGGAUGAUUUUCUUCUGCUGCCCAAUCGUCAGCGUCUUCACAGACGUGUUUGGUUGCCGGAGAACAGCUGUCGUGGGUGCUGCUGUUGGAUUUGUUGGACUCGUGUCAAGUUCUUUUGUAAGCUCCAUCGAGCCUCUGUACCUGACCUAUGGAAUCAUAUUUGCCUGUGGCUGCUCCUUUGCCUACCAGCCUUCAUUGGUCAUUUUGGGACACUAUUUCAAGAAACGCCUUGGACUGGUGAAUGGCAUUGUCACCGCUGGCAGCAGUAUCUUCACAAUUUUGCUGCCUUUCCUUUUAAGGGUACUGACUGACAGCGUGGGCCUCUUUUAUACCCUGAGGGUCCUCUGCAUCUUCAUGUUUGUUCUCUUUCUGGCUGGCUUUACUUACCGACCUCUUGCUUCCAGUGCCAAAGAUAAAGACAGUGGAACCAAAGGAGGCAACAGAUUCUCCCUCUUUUCCAGGAGAAAGUUCAGUCCUCCAAAAAAAAUUUUCAAUUUUGCCAUCUUCAAGGUGACAGCAUAUGCAGUGUGGGCAGUUGGAAUACCACUUGCACUUUUUGGAUACUUUGUGCCUUAUGUUCACUUGAUGAAACACGUGAAUGAAAGGUUUCAAGAUGAGAAAAAUAAAGAGGUGGUUCUCAUGUGCAUUGGCAUCACUUCAGGAGUUGGACGGCUGCUCUUCGGCCGGAUCGCAGAUUAUGUGCCUGGUGUGAAGAAAGUUUAUCUACAGGUCCUGUCCUUUUUCUUCAUUGGUCUGAUGUCCAUGAUGAUUCCCCUGUGCAGCGUCUUUGGGGCCCUCAUUGCUGUCUGUCUCAUCAUGGGUCUCUUCGAUGGAUGCUUCAUUUCCAUUAUGGCCCCCAUUGCCUUUGAGUUAGUUGGUGCCCAGGAUGUCUCACAAGCAAUUGGAUUUCUACUCGGAUUCAUGUCUAUACCCAUGACUGUGGGCCCACCCAUUGCAGGGUUACUCCGUGACAAGCUGGGCUCCUAUGAUGUGGCAUUCUACCUCGCUGGAAUCCCUCCCCUUAUUGGAGGUGCUGUCCUUUGUUUUAUCCCAUGGAUCCAUAGUAAGAAGCAAAGAGAGAUCAAUAAAACCACUGGAGGAGAAAAGAUGGAGAAAAUGUUGGAGAACCAGAACUCUCUGUUGUCAAGCUCAUCUGGAAUCUUUAAGAAGGAAUCUGACUCUGUUAUUUAAUGUCUUAUAUACCUCCACCAGACUGGACUUGCUUUUAGAAGUUUAAGCAAGUUUUCCUUUUAUAUGAAUUGCAAAUUUCUUAUUUUUUUAAUCGCAUCCUAGGAAUAGCACAAUAAUCGGGAAAUAGAACCCUUAUUACUACAAGAACCAUUUUCUGCCACUGAAUAGCUGUCCAAUAUUUCCAUGAGUCUGAGACCAGAGACUCAGACUCAAUUUCAUGUACAAGAAAACCUGUCUGAAAGUCAAAUAUUAUGAGAAUAUGAAGCUAUCUCAGUAAAAAGUAACUUCAGAAACUGUGAACGCUAUUUAGCUUAUACAAAUAUUUAAAAAUACCUCAAGCUAUAUUGAAAGGGUUGCAGUUUGGUUAGGACUGGAAAUAUUGUUUGUCGUCUCACAUGGUGUUUUAGUUUUGUAUCUCUGUUUUAUUUCUUCUGCUAUUUGGAAACAAAAUUAAGCCUGGAUUUCUAGAUAAUAUCAGAUCUACUUAAAUCUCAAGUCUAUGUUUAAAAUUGCUCGCUGCUCUUAAAUAAACUUUGAAAGUAAGUUAUUCUGACUUGCUCCAGUGUCAAGGGACCUCCUUGGAGCAGGUACUGACAAGGUGUUCAGAAUCAGUGUGUGAGAUGAACAGGAAUGAACAGAAUCCUGUUCAUAAGGGCAGAGCAGUUCAGAAAUCAGACAUUUCUUCCAUUUACAUUUUUCCCCUUUGGAUUUGCAGUGUGUUUUACUCAAGUAGCCAGAAACACCCCAGAUUUCUGAAUUUGUUUAAAUUGUAACAAUAAAGUAAAAUAGAAGAAUUGAAA